AUGCUCACCAGUUCAGACCAGUCCCUCCCCCUCUCCCUCACACCCACCCUUCACUCCUCAGCCGGCUGUGCUCCAGGUGGAGGGUCCCCCAUCCAGUCCUCCCUGUCCCUUCCUGAGCCUGAGGCCUGGCGGAACCCCAGCCCCAACGCUGCCCGUCACGGCCUCGCCCAAGGGUCCCGCUCGUGCUCCCUCCAGGUCCCCCCCACCGUCACCGAGUAUCUGGGACUGCCUCCUCGAGCAGCCAGCUUCGAUGUGCCUUACAGCAGAGACGAGGGCUCAUCCGAGGCGGGCUCAGGGUCGGUGAGCCCCCACGGCAUGCUUCGGCGCCGCGGGGGUCUUGUGGAACAGAAGGAUGUCAUCAUGGCCCACCAGGCUCACAAGAUCCAGAGCACGCCGCAGGCUCGCCGGAAAGAGUGGGAAAUGGCUCGGUUUGGAGACGAGUCCGCUCCCAGCACGGUGGAUACCGGGGAUGGGGAUCUGGAGCGCAGCGGAGACGGACAGGACGCAGCGUCGGCGGGAAUGUCGGGGUCCCUGAAACAAGCCAAAGCGCAGAGGGCCCGGACCAUGGCUCUGUACAACCCCGUCCCCCACCGGCAGAACUGCCUCACCGUCAACAGGUCGCUCUUCAUAUUUGCAGAGGACAACAUAAUUAGGAAAUACGCAAGGAGAAUCAUUGAAUGGCCACCAUUUGAGUACAUGAUCCUGGCCACCAUCACUGCCAACUGCGUUGUCCUGGCCUUGGAGCAGCAUCUCCCUGGAGAGGAUAAGACUCCCAUGGCCAAGAGACUGGAGAAGACAGAGCCAUACUUUAUCGGGAUCUUCUGCUUUGAGGCAGGGAUCAAGUUGGUAGCCCUUGGAUUCGUUUUCCAUAAAGGCUCCUACCUGAGGAAUGGCUGGAACGUCAUGGAUUUCAUAGUCGUGCUCAGUGGGAUCCUGGCCACUGCAGGUGCUCACAUGAACAUCCCAGUAGACCUGCGGACCCUGAGGGCAGUGCGAGUCUUGAGGCCCCUUAAACUGGUCUCUGGGAUCCCUAGCUUGCAGAUAGUGCUGAAAUCCAUCAUGAAGGCCAUGAUCCCACUGCUCCAGAUCGGCCUUCUCUUGUUCUUCGCCAUCCUCAUGUUUGCCAUCAUCGGCCUGGAGUUCUACAGCGGGAAGCUUCACCACACCUGCCUGCCAUCUGAGAGCAUCCUCGACAACGAGACGGUCGACUCAUCGGAGGUGGCGUUUGCGUGCGGCGUGAGGAAGUGUCCAGAAAAGUACGACUGCAAUGACACCUGGAUCGGGCCUAAUGAUGGAAUCACCCAGUUCGACAACAUCCUGUUUGCCGUGCUCACCGUCUUCCAGUGCAUUACCAUGGAGGGAUGGACGGCCGUUCUAUACAAUACCAAUGAUGCCUUGGGUCCCACAUGGAACUGGAUUUACUUCAUUCCACUUAUCAUUAUUGGGUCGUUCUUUGUACUUAACCUGGUACUUGGUGUCCUCUCUGGUGAAUUUGCCAAGGAGAGGGAGAGGGUGGAGAACAGACGAGCCUUCAUGAAGCUGCGCCGCCAACAGCAGGUGGAAAGAGAACUGAACGGCUACCGAGCCUGGAUAGACAGGGCAGAGGAGGUUAUGCUGGCAGAGGAGAAUAAGAAUUCAGGGAGAUCACCUUUAGAUGUGCUAAAGAGAGCCACCAGUAAGAAAACCGGUGCGCGCAGAGGCGGCCCAGGAGAAGACAAGUACGCUGACAUGUCGACUGCAAGCAUGUCUCGGUCGAGGGUGAACUUCCGCAGUGGCCGACGCGGCCCCGCUGCCUACCUACGGCGUAAAGAGCGCAUGUUACGUAUCUCCAUCCGCCGCAUGGUGAAGACGGACACCUUCUACUGGACCGUGCUCAGUCUGGUGGCUCUCAACACCAUCUGUGUAGCUGUUGUCCACCACAACCAGCCCGACUGGAUGUCCAUCUUCCUCUACUAUGCAGAGUUUGUUUUCCUGGGGCUGUUUUUGGCUGAGAUGUUCCUGAAAAUGUAUGGUCUGGGUUUCCGACUCUACUUCCAUUCAUCUUUCAACUGCUUUGACUGUGGGGUCAUAAUUGGCAGCAUCUUUGAGGUGGUGUGGGGCUUCUUUCGGCCUGGCAUGUCCUUUGGCAUCAGCGUACUGAGGGCGCUCAGACUUCUGAGGAUCUUCAAGAUCACCAAAUACUGGGCAUCUCUCAGGAACCUGGUUGUGUCCCUGAUGAGCUCCAUGAAGUCCAUCAUCAGCCUGCUUUUUCUUCUCUUUCUUUUCAUUGUGGUGUUUGCCCUGCUGGGUAUGCAGCUGUUUGGAGGCAGGUUCAUCUUUGAAGAUUACACUCCCACCAACUUUGACACGUUUCCAGCUGCCAUCAUGACAGUGUUUCAGAUUUUGACUGGUGAGGACUGGAAUGAGGUGAUGUACAACGGGAUUCGCUCCCAGGGCGGCGUGCAAUAUGGCAUGUGGUCAUCAAUCUACUUCAUCGUGCUCACCCUGUUUGGAAACUACACACUGCUGAAUGUCUUCUUGGCCAUCGCUGUGGAUAAUCUGGCCAACGCACAGGAACUGACAAAGGAUGAAGAGGAGGAAGAGGAGUUCUUCAACCAGAGAUACGCCAGAGGCAGAGACGAGGGGAGAAGACGACCAUAUCUAUACAGGAAACGUGCCAUCCACCGAGGCCGACCUAACUUCCCAGAGGAGCCAGAGAGCGCAGGAGGGGGCGCCGACGAGCAGCCUCUCAAUGGCUCCAGCGCCUUCGCCAACCGUCGAGAGAGGAGGAGGAAGGUUAACAUGUCAGUGUGGGAGCAGAGGGCCAACCAGCUACGCAAGCGGCGCCAGAUGGCAAGCCGAGAGGAGUUGUUCAGCAGUCCCACGGAGGACACCAUCGAAACUCCCACCAGUGCCCAUCACGACCCCGCCCUGUCCCUCGAGACCAGCCCAGCACAUCUGCCAGAGUCCCCCAUGUCUGUGGGCAUGCCCCUGCCAGAACCUCCGAUGUCCAUUGCCAUCCCCAUGCCUGAACCUCCGGAUGCUGAACCCUUAUCUCUGCUGAACCUGAAUGAGGACAGAGCGGGAGGGGCUAACCACAAGCCCGCCAGUGGGGGCAGGCACAGGGUGGCCCGUAAGUUCAGGUCCACCGCAGGGCCGGAAGAAGGGGCGCGGCACAGGCGACACCGUCACCGCGAGGCUCGUGUUGAGGCCAAGAGCCUCGACUGUGCACAGUCACCGCAUGAGGCGGCAAGAGCCAGACGAUCACUCAGCCAGGAGAGAAAGACACUCGAUGAGAGGGAGGAGAAGGACGAAAAGGAGGAGAGAGAGAAAGCAGAGGCAGACGGAGGGUCGGUCCAAGAUGACUGUGGAGCCUGCAUUGUCAACCCAUAUGCAGAGGUCGGAGAUGAUCAUAGAAGGGUCAGUGUGCCUGGUGGGGACAUUCCUGAGCCUCCCCAGUGUGACCAGUCUCUGCUGGACUGUUCCUGGACCGAGCAGGGUGAGGGCGGGCAGGCUGACCAGUACGAGCCUUUGUGCCACAACAUCCCAGUGGAGACCGCCGUAGAGGCCACAGAGUUCAACGUGGGGGUCAUCGACUCGGAGAGCCGCCCAGCCUCUCUGAACCGUGGCAAGUCGAAGCAGGAGGGAAGCGUGGUCAUUGAAAUGUCCGCACAACCGCUGCUGGAGCUCACUCCCAUGACAGUGAACAGCAAAGAGUUGGAGGCUUUCCAGUCUGAGCUGAGAGAGAAAGACGAGGAGACAGAGGAGGAGGAGGUGCCCGUUCCUCCCAAACCAGUCGCUCCAGACAGCAUGUUCAUCUUCAAGGCCUCCAAUCCUAUUCGAAAGAUCUGCCACUAUGUGGUUACUCUGCGCUAUUUUGAGAUGACAAUCCUCCUCGUGAUCGUGGCCAGCAGUAUUGCACUGGCUGCUGAGGACCCUGUGUGUACCAGUUCAGACAGAAACAAGGUCCUGCGGUAUUUUGAUUAUGUCUUCACUGGAGUGUUCACCUUUGAAAUGAUCAUUAAGAUGAUAGACCAGGGUCUCAUUCUACACGAUGGCUCCUAUUUCCGAGACCUGUGGAACAUCCUGGACUUCAUUGUGGUGGUGGGAGCUCUGAUCGCCUUUGCUCUGACGAAUGUGAUGGGGAAUAACAAAGGCCGAGACAUCAAGACAAUAAAGUCCCUCAGAGUUUUGAGGGUCCUACGGCCUCUUAAAACCAUCAAGAGACUUCCUAAACUGAAGGCUGUUUUUGACUGUGUGGUCACGUCUCUGAAGAACGUCUUCAACAUCCUCAUUGUAUACCAGCUCUUCAUGUUCAUAUUCGCUGUCAUCGCGGUACAACUCUUUAAGGGGAAGUUCUUCUAUUGCACCGACGGCUCCAAGAAUACGGAGAAAGAAUGCCAAGGUUACUACAUUGACUACAGCAGAGACAAAAAGGAGGUGAAGAGGAGGGAGUGGAGGAGACACGAGUUCCACUAUGACAACGUCUGCUGGGCCCUGCUUACACUUUUCACCGUCUCCACUGGAGAGGGAUGGCCUCAGGUCCUCCAGCACUCUACUGAUGUUACGGAGGAGAACAUGGGUCCCAGCAGAGGGAACCGCAUGGAAAUGUCCGUUUUCUACGUCGUCUACUUUGUGGUCUUCCCUUUCUUCUUCGUCAACAUCUUUGUGGCUCUUAUCAUCAUCACCUUCCAGGAGCAGGGUGACAAGAUGAUUCAGGAGUGCAGUCUGGAGAAGAACGAGAGGGCUUGCAUUGACUUUGCCAUGAGCGCCAAGCCCAUGACCCGCUACAUGCCCCAGAACAGACAAACCUUCCAGUACAGACUUUGGCACUUUGUUGCGUCGCCCUCUUUUGAGUACACUGUGCUGGUCAUGAUUGCCCUCAACACCGUGGUUCUCAUGAUGAAGUACCACUCAGCCCCGGCAGCCUAUGAUACAGUGCUAAAGCAUCUUAACACAGCUUUCACAGUCCUCUUCUCGAUGGAGUGCAUACUCAAGAUCAUGGCUUUUGGAUUUGUGAACUACUUUCGAGAUACUUGGAAUAUUUUUGAUUUCAUCACUGUACUUGGCAGCAUCACUGAGAUAAUUGUGGAUUUACAGUCGGUGAACACCAUCAACAUGAGUUUCCUGAAGCUUUUCCGAGCCGCCAGAUUGAUCAAGCUGCUGAGGCAGGGUUACACCAUUCGUAUUUUACUGUGGACGUUUGUACAAUCCUUCAAGGCUCUUCCUUAUGUCUGUCUUCUUAUCGCAAUGCUUUUCUUCAUAUAUGCUAUUAUUGGAAUGCAGGUGUUUGGAAACAUCAAGCUGAAUGAUGAGAGUCACAUCAACCAGCACAACAAUUUUAAGACCUUUUUCAGUGCUCUGAUGCUGCUGUUCAGGAGUGCAACAGGGGAGUCCUGGCAGGAGAUUAUGCUCUCCUGUCUGGGGGGUCAGGAGUGUGAGCCAGAUCCCUCCAUCUCCCCCCUCACCGUGUCUCCAGACCACGAAGGAGGCUGUGGGACCGACUUCGCUUACUGCUACUUCGUCUCGUUCAUCUUCUUCAGCUCAUUUCUGAUGCUGAACCUGUUUGUGGCUGUCAUUAUGGAUAACUUUGAGUAUCUGACACGAGACUCCUCAAUACUGGGCCCGCACCACCUGGACGAGUUUGUACGCAUCUGGGGAGAGUAUGACCGUGCCGCAUGUGGUCGUAUCCACUACACUGCCAUGUAUGAGAUGUUAACCCACAUGUCACCGCCUCUGGGCCUGGGGAAAAAAUGUCCUGCCAAGAUCGCCUAUAAGAGGUUGGUGUUGAUGAACAUGCCUGUGGAUGAAGACAUGACUGUCCACUUCACCUCCACUCUGAUGUCUCUCAUCCGCACAGCCUUGGAGAUUAAAAUAGCUCGAGGUGGUGAGGACCGCAUUGCUCUGGAUACUGAACUACAAAAGGAGAUCAGUGUCAUUUGGCCUUACCUGCCCCAGAAGACCCUGGACCUCCUGGUGCCUAUUAACAAAGAUACUGACAUGACUGUCGGGAAGAUCUACGCUUCGAUGAUGAUAAUGGAUUACUUCAAACAGAACAAAGCCAAGAAGCUCAGGCAGCAACUCGAGGCUCAGAAGAGCAGCUUGAUGUUCAAGCGUCUGGAUGCCUCUACCCUCCCUGAGGACAUUCUUUCCAACACCCAGCCACUCCCAAUGAUGGCCCACAGCGCUGGCUCGGCCCUGACCAGGGGAGGUUUUGUGGCUUUGAGUCCCAUCUCACCCCAGGAGCUAUUUUUACAGCCCAUGACCUCAGACAUUGAUCCUAGUCAACACCAGUCUCUGGUGGGGGAGUGUAGGGUGAUUGGAGCCCCACUGGAGCUCCCGCUAGGGAGGGGCCUGUGUGUGCGGGCCUCUUCCAUGCCCCGUCUGGCUAUAGAGUCACAGCAGUCAGAAACUGCAAGUGGUUCCAUGAAGCGUUCAGCGUCCACUGUUGCGGAUCAGCGGGUAAAUGGUCUGUGGCAGGAGGAGAAAAGUCCAGAGCGAGUGUAUCGACCUCGUCACAAGAGCUACAAGGCCGCUGUUUCUCGGUCUGAACACUGGCAGCAGGGUGACAGGGACCGAGAGCGUGGCCGGUCCAAGGAGCGCUGUCACCUCCUCUCUCCAGACACAUCUCGUUGUAACUCAGAGGAAAGGAGCUUGCAGCCCUCACGCUCCUCCAGUGCAGAGAGAGCACACCCACAAGAUAAACAGGGUAACAGCUCAGAAAGUCCAGUGCCGUCCACCUCGGAGUCCAGCACACCCAGCGGCCGACGGCCUUUAUCACAGACCCCGACCCGCUCUCGCCCUCACAUCUCCUACUCCCCACUGGUGUGUCGCACACACCCCUCCGUCGGCGAAGACGACGACGAACAAGGCAGCCCAGAGACCCAGAGGCGGGGUAAGCCCACAUGGGAGGGUCAAGAGGGGGUAACGAGCGAGAGACGGAGCGAGGCGAGCCGGCACGCGUCCCCGCCUCGGCGCUACCCGUCGGAGCCAUUCCUGGCCUCACAGGAGGACGACCACAGCCCCGACCCCUCUGGUCCCAUGGAGACGUUGACCUUCGAGGCCGCUGUGGCCCACAGCCUGGGACGCUCAAACACCAUCAGCUCGGCCCGCCCUCGCUUGCGGACUGGCUGGCAGGUCCCCAACGGACACUUCCGGAAACGCCUGGCACAGACUGUCUCCGCUUCGGGCUGCGAUCCACUCAGCGACACAGAGGAGGACGACAGGUGCUAG